AUGGCUCCUAUUCGCCGAUACUUGCGCAUCAGCAAGCACUCCGUGCUAGAGUGCCGGAUUUACUUGGAUAACCCGGCCGACUCCCGAUGGCUUCUGAACACCCGAGAUCCGGUUCUGCAUCGGGUCUUCGAGGCAAUCCGCCCACUAGUGCUACCAAAACUAAGGGAAGAGAAUCAGAAAUUGUGGUCACGCAAGAAGAGUAAGCCUGUAAAAGAUGUCAUUGUACAAGAUGAAUUCGAGGUCGCCAUUUUCCUUCGCGAAUCUCGUACUCGGCACGCCUUGUUGACUCGUAACAAGAUAUUUGAGACACCAGACAAGAAGACCAAUAAGAGUUUAAAAGAUGAGCCUGCGGAUGAAACAAUGGAUGGCGCUGUUGGUCUUGAUCCCACUACCGAAGCACCAGUCGUUGUGGACAGUGACGAGGGGGAAGCUGAGAUUGAUCUCAGGGAUAUUCCUGAAGCAUGCGAUGAGAAUGCACACAAUGGUUCGGCCUCGAUAUUUAUGGGUCAAAGAGAUGACGCAAGCAGAGAAGGGCCAGCCACAGAUGAGAAGAAGAUGCGAUUCAGCACUCAGUACGAGAGUUUCAAUAUCACUGGAUGGGUGCUGUGUCUUCUCAUCACUCGAAAGGGUGACAGGGGACAGAGUCGUGUGGUUGCAACGCCGACGAAACAGCCACUCAUGGAGGAAUGGAUCUCCAGUCAGGCUCAGACUGGCCUAGGGGAGGAUUGA